CUGUUUUUCCAGGUGCAGUAGUCUACUGGUAAUAUGGCAUCACAACAAAGAUAUACACCAGCAAUUUUGAGGGGUCUUCAGCUCAAUGAGGAAGUGUUUGGAAGGGACCAGCUGAUAGGAAUUUAUUAUUUGGCAGGAUAUGCAGUGAGAGAAAUCAUGGGAUUUUUGGCAAUUCAACAUGAAACAGUGAUCAGUGAGAGACAAAUACAUAGAAUCCUCAGAGGAAUGAAUUUGCAAAGAAGGGAAAAUCAUGCAAAUCUAGAAGAUGUAGUGACAGCUAUUAUGGAAGAACUUGGUGGAACAGGUCAAAAUAUUGGAUAUCGGUCCAUGUACAGACGACUGCUUACAAAUCACAAUAUUACAACAACUAUGGAAACUGUACGAUUGGCAUUGCAUAUUCUUGACCGAGAAGGAAUAUUGAUGCGUAGACACCACAGAAUAGGUAGAUAAACCUACUCUAACAGUGGACCAAACUUUGCCAUUCAUAUUGAUGGGUGGGAUAAGCUCAAGCCAUUUGGAAUUUCUGUGCAUGCAUCUGUUGAUGGCUUUUCACGGAGAGUACUAUGGAUACAAGCCUGCGAUUCAAACAAAAAUCCUCAGUACAUAGCAAAGUUCUACAUGGAUGCUAUCAGGGAUAUGAAUGGUAUACCAGUGAUGAUAUAUGCCGACAGGGGUACAGAGAACUCAAUAGUUAGAGAUAUCCAAUGUGUAAUGAGAUGGCAUCAUAAUGAUCCAUUCCAAGGCUUGUCAAGUUUUCAGUAUGGGAGUUCCACCAGAAACACCAGAAUUGAACGAUUUUGGAGAAACCUUCGUUGCAUGUGUGGUCAAACCUUUAUGGAUCUUUUUAAGGGAAUGUCAGAUGUAGGUAUGUUGGACACAGCUGAUUUCAUUCACACAGAAUGCAUACGAUUUUGUUUCAUGAAGCUUAUCAACACUGAACUAGGGAGAGUAGCUCAGCACUGGAAUCAGCAUAGAAUUAGAUCCAGCAGAAAUGCUCAAGGACCUUUUGGAAAACCAGAUGUCCUGUAUUUUCAGUCAGAAAUCUUUGGAGCAAGAGAUCAAAAACUCCCACUGCCUGCUGUUGAGCAGCUGGAUGCACUUGAAGAGGAGUACUGCUCAUCUCCUCUUCCGAAUGGAGUAGGACCUGAUUUCGAAACUCUUGGUUUUCACAUCAUCGAACAGUAUGCUCUGCAGUAUCCCCCAAAUACUGUGGAUGAAGCAACAGAGCUCUUCUGUCGAAUAACACAAACUGUUCAACAAAUUCAACAGUAAAUCACAAAAUGAGGAAUGUACAAGCAGUGUUCCCCUUAACCCUAUAUAACCGGGGUAUUUCAUUUGGUAUGUCCCCUACGCAUAAGUCAAUACUGAAAAUUCCAGGUGUGCAUUUCAGGCCCUAUGGACCUUUUUUAUUCAGAAAUUUCUUUACACAAAUUAUAUCUAUAUAUUCACAUGGCAUUUUAUUUGUGCACAGCUUCAUUUUUUAGCGUGAAAUACAUACAUAAUU